AGCAAAAGAAAAAAAAAACGUAAAUUCUUUAUGUUCCCAAUGAUUCGAGGAGCGCUUCUUGGCACCAUCUGGAUGAUGAUAUAUUGUGUUUGCACGUCAUUCCAACAAGAGACAACGUUCGUCUACAACGGCUUCGACCAAGGAGACCAUCGUAUCCACCUUCAGGGUGGUGCAAAAAUCAUUCCAAAAAAAGAUGUCUUGCAACUCACGAAUGCAACGACAACGCAAAUAGGUCGUGCUUUCUUCGAGCAGCCUAUUGAGUUCAAACCAUCCGAACCAGUCUCGUUCUCGACGCAUUUUGUGUGCGCGCUGGUCUCUGUAAGUGAGGUGAGUAGCCAUGGCAUGGCGUUUUUCGUGUCUCAUUCCACUGAUUUCGAAGGCGCGGAACCAUCUCGAUACUUUGGACUUUUCAACGCAAAUGGAUCUGCUUCGACACGUGUGUUGGCUGUUGAGCUUGAUAUUGCCAAAGCUGUGGAUGUGCUCGACAUCAAUGAUAAUCAUGUUGGGAUUGAUGUGAACAGUGCGGUGUCUGUGGUUGCUGCUCCCGCUUCUUAUUUCUCGGACAAAGAAGGUCGGAUGAUAGACAUGAAACUCGUGAGUGGCGAUCCUAUCCAGGUUUGGGUAGACUACGAAGGAACAACACUCAACGUUUCAAUUGCUACUCUUCAUAACAAGAAACCAAGCCGACCUCUGUUGUCAUCGACAUCCAUCAAUCUUACCGAGAUUGUGCAAGGCAGAAGAAUGUUUGUCGGGUUUUCUGGUUCAACCGGGUCAGGCGUGGUCAACCAGUACGUACUCGGGUGGAGUUUUAGCAAACUCAUGGCGUCGCUGCAGAAGAUUGACAUCUCAAAACUUCCCAAAGCCCCUCAUCCAAUCAAUAAAAGAAACUAUACAUCUCUGCUGUCUGAUGUUCUGCUGAGUUUACUAGCUUUGUUUGUUUUGGGGCUUCUCUUUGGGGCGUAUAUGUAUAGGAGAAACUUGUAUGCCGAAGUAAAAGAGGAUUGGGAAAAUGCGUAUGGUCCACUCAGGUAUUCCUACAAAUCUUUAUACAAAGCAACAAAAGGGUUCAGUAAAGAUGAAUUUAUUGGGAGAGGAGGUUUUGGUGAAGUCUACAAAGGAACACUCCCUCGGAGCACAGAGAUGAGAGAAGUGGCUGUGAAGAAAGUAGCACAUGACGGUGAGCAAGGUAUGAAGCAAUUCGUCGCUGAGAUCGUGUGCAUGAGGAGUUUAAAACACAGGAGCUUGGUUCCACUUCUUGGGUAUUGCAGGAGGAAACAUGAGUUAUUACUGGUCUCUGAGUACAUGCCAAAUGGUAGCCUUGAUUAUCACUUGUUUAAUGAUGAUGGACCUACUCUCCCCUGGGGGAGAAGAUUUGCCAUUCUCAAAGACAUUGCGUCAGCUCUUAGUUACUUACACACAGAAGCUGACCAGGUUGUUAUACACAGAGAUAUCAAAGCUUCUAAUGUUUUGUUGGAUGCAGAGUUCAACGGAAGGUUGGGUGAUUUUGGUAUGUCGAGGUUGUAUGAAAGAGGGGCUGAUCCAACCACAACAGCUGCAGUUGGGACUGUUGGCUACAUGGCACCUGAGGUCACAACAUUUGGACCUUCCACUGGAACUGAUGUAUACGCUUUUGGUGUUUUCUUGCUUGAAGUAACUUGUGGGAGGAGACCCGUGGAGCUUCGCGUGCCAGCUGAAGAGCGUUUUCUGAUCAAAUGGGUUUGUGAAUGCUGGAGAGGGUCCUCUUUGCUUGAUGCUAUGGAUCCAAGGCUGAAAGAAUUCUCAUCCGGAGAAGUGGAGAGGGUUCUGAAAAUUGGUUUGCUAUGUGCAAACCUUGCUCCAGAUGCAAGACCGUCCAUGGAGCAAGUGGUGCAAUAUCUAAAUGGAAACCUAGCAUUGCCCGAGUUUUGGCCAUAUUCUCCGGGAAUUGGAGCUCUCACUCCAACAACGCUUUCACCAGAACUGCUCUCGCUCGAAUCACAAUCACUGGCUUCUUCCUUAUCCAACACCUCAAUGUUUAUUACUCAUACAGUACUCUACGGGAAUGGACGAUGAAAGUUUCU